UUAUCUUAUCGUCUGUCUUCCUGCCGAUGUGGAAAAAUGCACAAUAUUAUAGUUUUUCUUCGUGAGGCGUGUCGAGUUCCAACUGGUAGCGAAAUAUCGCAGGAUGAACGUUAAAGUGAUUUUUCUUUUAUUGAUUAAAAUAGUGCACGGAUAUAAUAUAGAUGUAGAUUUUCCUAUUAUUUAUUCUCGCGGAAAUACAAUGAAAAACAGCGACAGUUACUUUGGCUAUGCCGUGUACUUGUUCCAUGAGUCGUCCAAUAGUACAUCCUGGUUGUUCAUUGGAGCACCAAGAGGAAACUAUUCUAGACUAUCAAAACACAUGUUAUCCUACAUGAUCGAGCCAGGCGUUGUAUAUCGUUGUGGAAUUGAAAAUGAAAAAUGUCAGGAAAUAAAACCGCAGACAAUUGAAAAUGAAGAAGAACGCAUAGCGCAACUUGGUAUGAAUAUGUUGAUAAAGAAGCAACAUGGAUGGUUUGGAAGCGCGAUGUCCAUAGACAAAUUGAAUAGAAUAUUAACAGUAUGCGCGCCGCGAACCGUAGUGACAAUUUUUAAUCCUGCUGGUGUUAAUAUGGACACUAUGCAAGGAAUGUGUUACAGUGGAAUGCUUUCUUCGAAUUCACUGUCACUUGAAUAUAAAGAUAUUCAAUUUCAUGAUUUUCAGUCAAAGUUUUGGUACAAUCCAUUGCACGGUUUUACCGUUCAUUACGCCUCGUCGACAAAGCAAAAGGACAACAAAGACGGCGAAGAAAGAAAAUUAACUCGAAUCGUGGGAGAGCCAAAGCACGAGAACUAUGGUACCAUACAUCUAUUACAUGCGAACAGGAGGAUGACCAUAGAAUUGCCUUUGAGCGAUGAAUUAUCUCAGUUCGGUUACAGCGUUGAGUCUGGAUAUUUUUUCAGAAGAGAUCAGGUAAUGUAUGUCAGUGGUGCUCCAGGUUGGCAUUAUAUAGGCCAGGUAGGGAUAAUUGAUCCUGUAAAUGGAUUUACUGUGACGAAAUUGUAUGGUACCGAUAUUGGCGAAUUUUUUGGAGCUAGUCUGGCAGUAGGAGAUUUAAAUAAUGAUGGUUUAGACGAUCUCUUAAUUGGAGCACCAUAUUGGGGAGAAGAUAGCGGCAGAGUGUAUACAUACUUUGGUACAUCCAGGAAAGGUCAGUUUGAAAUGGCUGCAACCUUAGAAGGGAAUAUAGAAGGAGGACAUUUUGGGUAUGCAAUAGCCAGUGGUGAUUUGGAUGCUGAUGGAUUUGAUGAUAUCAUUGUGGGAGCACCUUGGGAAGAAUAUGGAGUAAUUUAUAUAUACAAUGGUGGUUCCAAUCUGAAAGACAGAAGUUUGCAGGCAUCGCAACGAAUCGAUGUUGCAAAGUUUUCUCAAUUUAAUCGGCCACAGAAAAUACAGAGAUUUGGGUUUUCGAUGUCAAAACCUGUCGAUAUCGAUGAAAACGGAUAUUUAGAUAUUGCAGUCGGAGCAUACAAAUCAGGACACGCUGUAAUACUUCGUGGUAGACCAGUAGUAAAAACAGAACUUGAAAUUCAAACGACGCCUAAUAUUUUGCAAAGAGAUGCUAAACAAUUCUUGAUUAAUGUAUGUCCGCGAUAUAUUGGUUACAAAGUGCCGAGUUCACAAGAAUUUAAGAUCACGCUUACCAUAGACGAACGAUACCAGCGGACCAAGAAAACAACCUUAGAAUUAAAAUCAUUUUAUUUAAAAAUAGAUAUGUGUUUGUCCGCCCAAAUUAAUAUUUCGAAGAACGUACAAGACUUUAUCGAACCAAUCAGUAUUUUCGCGAAACACGAUUUUCUGUAUAACAAUGUGAUAGAAUUUUGCAAAUUGUGUCCUGUGGAAAGAAGAAACAACAAGCAACAAGUCGCGCAAACAUUACUUCCUUUCAACAUUGGUUGCGGAGAAGACAGAGUCUGUAACUCUAAUAUCUCGGCUAAUGGAAAAUUUUAUGAUGUGCACGAUAACAAUACGUGGAUCAUUGGUUCGAACGACAUAAGUUUAGAAAUCAGUUUAAAAAAUCAUGGAGAGCCUGCGUAUCUCACCACGAUCGAAUUUCUCUUACCUAAAGGAGUAAUAUUACGUAGUAUUUUAACUUCUUGUCAAGAAGACACUUUUAAAGAACAUUUACUGGUAAUUUGUGAGGCAGGCAAUCCCAUAUGGGAACGAGAAGAGAAAAAUGUUAAAUUAGAUUUAGAUAUGAGACACUUAAUCAAUGAUUCGAUACACGAUUAUAAAUUAAAUUUUCACGCAAGGAUAAAUACUCGUAGUAUAAAUUUCGGAACGAAAAAUAUAAAUAAAACAUUGAAUUUAGUGAAUGAAGUGUCUUUGUCUCUCCAUGGAAAAGCAAACGAAGAAGCUUACUAUUUAACUACCUCGAACGAUAUUGCUCCAAACAUUAGUUUUCAACAUACUUAUCAGGUGUAUAAACUUGGUGCAUCACCUAUAGAGGAUGCACAACUUACUAUUAAAGUGCCAAUAGCUAUACGAGAUUCAAAAAUUUUAGUUUACAUAUAUAAACCUCAGUUAUAUGUAUCAGGAGAACGUUUUGAGUGUUCAACGGAAAAUAUUUUAUUCGACACCGAAAUGAUUGAGAUGCAAGGAGAACCAUCCUCGGAUCAAUUUGAUAUACCUUUGUUCUCUAAUAAAAUACAACAAAAUGAAUUUCAAGAAUUAUACAGGAGAGAUGCGAAUGAAUCGAUGACAGAAUUCUAUGAUGUAGAAAACACUAAAGCCUUGCAAGCUUUAAACGAAAGUUUGACAACUAAUACCGUUUAUAUGAAUUGUUCAUCUACCGAAGUAAACUGUACGACCAUUGUAUGUGAUUUAAACGCAUUGAAAACUUUGCAGGAUAUUGGAAAGAUAGUGAUUAAACUUUUCUUGUAUACCGAAGGACUUAAAGAUGACUUUAAAGACGGUAGAGUUGUUUUAAAAUUCAGCAGCCAAGCUAGUGUAAAAGUAAUCAAACCUACUGUAAGGCUAGAUGUCAACGGAACUCGCUCUGCAUUGGAAGUUGUAACAAUGUUUUACAAUGCUCCGAAAGUAGAAGAGUUAAAGUUAUGGAUUGUUCUGGUCUCUGUUUCAAUAGGAUUGUUAUUGUUACUUAUUAUCAUUAUAAUUUUAAGCACGUUGGGUUUCUUUAAACGCAAAGGAAAACAAGAUCUAACAGAUUUAAAAAAUAAUGAGAUAACAGAAAAAGAAACUACACCAGUGACUGAAUCCGAUAACUAAAACGGUGUUAGACGCACAUAGUAUACUUAUUGUAGAAAAACGAACUAUAUUUAAUAAACUACCUAAUUCCUAUUUA